CAGAGUCAUGCUUAAGAGGUAGAAAGGUUUCAGUCUUAAGAAACUUCCUCAUAGAGCAGUACUGCACUACAUACAGUAAGAUGGACUUUUCGACAAAAACCCUGGCAAAGGGCUGCUUUGGGAAAGUCUACAAGCAAAAGUUCGGAGACACCUGGGCCGCGAUGAAGAAAGUGCCCCUGGACAUGAUCACCAAGGAACAGCUUUCCAGAGAGUGCCUUGUUUAUGAGAAAGCACACCACAACAAUGUUGUGAAGCUCCUCGGGAAGCCAUGGCUGGAAGACGGGAAGUGGCACAUUCCUCUAGAGUUCGUCUUCGGAGAGGAUCUCGAGACGGCCAUAUUUAACGUACAGAGAUCUAAAAUACAGCUGAUUCCAUCAGUGAAGGCCACCAUCAACACUGGCAUGUGUGAAGGCUUAACCUUUCUGCACGGCAAAGACAUCGUCCACCAGGAUCUUAAACCAGACAAUAUCAUGAUUGAGCACGGAUCUCAUCGCCCUGUGAUCAUCGACAUGGGUCUGGCGAAAUUCUUCAAAAAUGGCUUAAGCUCUGCAGUAAACUUGGGCAAUGAGGCCUAUGCUGCUCCUGAGAUCCUCCUAGGAAACGUUCGGGACAAACGUUCAGACGUGUGGGCCAUGGGCAAAAUCAUUGCUGAACUCUGUGCAAGAGUCAGACUUCCAACACGUGCCGUGACUCCCUUUAAGAUUAAAGAGUGUCUGAAGGACAAUCCUUACUGUAGCGUCAUUUCCAGGAUGGUGGUGAUAAAUGCGCCAGAGAGAGCCACAAUGUUGGGAGUUAUUGGAGAGAUCCGGAAAAUUGGGGCAAAUCAAGGGGCAAAUCACGGGCUUGGAGCAGGAAGAACGCAUCUUGGUUUGGGUGCACAAGCCCGUCCCUGGGGAACAGGGGGUGCUGAAUUGGGUGUGAACCAAAAAUGGCGCCCACCGACUCCUUUUCCGGCAGAAGCGAAACACCAGGAUAUACCUGUUGAACGCAACCGCAGCCCCUCUCCACGGCCUCAAGCUUUAGCUCCUGUUAACACAAAGGUAUUAGUCAAUCAGUUCCCGCAGAUCACCAUCCCUUGUCCGUUACCACAAGAUGGGACGGUCAUUCAUCGUAGUUACGAUGAUGAAACUGGACAAAUGGAGAUUAAACAAAUAGUUACCAGGCACGGCAAGGUCGUUAAAUAUGAGGACGUAAAAAUUACCAAGUGAAGUCUACAAAAUGACGUGUUCAAAUGAUUUAAAGAUUUAACCAUCCAGGUCACUGGGUUGUGAUUCCAAAGUCUUAAGUAUUACAGUUAAACCUUGGAUUGCGAGCAUAAUGCCUUCCAUAAGCGUGCCUCAUUUUUGAGGAUUCCACGGAAAUGUGAUGGUGCAUUGUCAAACUGAAUCAUCACCCGCACUGUGACAGCCUUUUUACCUUUUUAGCUUCAUGCAGGUCAUUGUUGCAGUACAGUUACUAAACAACAGUCACUACACUUGAAAACAAAAUAAAAAAAACAUGCUUUACAUGCACGCACACACAUGUGGUCAGUGUUAUAGUAAGCAUGUACAUUCGCACACGGAUGUUGGCGCACUAGAAUGGGAUUACCCAUAAUUCCCCACAAUCGCACAGUGCGUGAGAGAGAGAAGAACCAUUGUCUCAGCUGUGAUCAUGUGAUGAGCGUCAAACAAAGGACAUACGUACUACAGUACUCGUAUAUAUAGGCCUUGCUUGUUUGACAACCUAUUUAACAUCACCCUCAUCUUGCAAAACACUCGCAAACCAAAUUACUCGCAAUCCAUGGUUCCACUGUAUAUACUUGUAAGCAGUGAAUAUUAGGUGUAUCUGGUGAAUAGCGUUGUUUUUACAAUGUAUAGUGAAUAAAAUAUCCGUUCAUUGAAAAGACUGCACAUAACAGAAUCCAUCACAAAUGUAAUACAGGAGUACAUUACAAAAGUAAUGAGAAAAGACUACAGGUGGUGGAUUUCCAUUCUUCAUGCUGUGAUGAAGAGACACUGCGAUUGUACAGCCGUCACACAACAAAGUACAGUAUGAUGUCACAAAAUAGCUCACACACUAUAUAUCUUGUAUAUGUAUUUCACAUCUAGAAUUAUAUGUAUACAGAAAUAACUUAUAAUGUGGUGUAUUUAUGUUUGUCUGUAUGUAUGUAUGUUUACAGUAUGGUGAAUGAUAAAUAUUUAAUGUGUGUUAAUAUAAGUCACAUUCUAUAUA